AGGGGGCACGAAGUGAAAGCACAGGCGGUGUGGUAUGCGGGGGCGGUUUCCCGCUGGGCUCAGAGCCUGAACCAGAGCCAAUCGCGCAGCCGAGGCAGCUGCCAAUCACACGGCUCCCUCCAAUCCCACCCGUGCCAUUUCCAAAAACUCGGUCCCACUGUGCAGCUCAAAUGUAGUGUUCACUCUGCCAAUCGCUGGAGGAUAGAGUGGGGACAAGAAUAAGCAGUUAGGAGGCCCGGACACAAGAAGUUAAAGAGCCCCUAAUAUAUACAUGUUUUUGAAGGCGGGCAGAGGGGGGAAAAGUACCCCCAGGAAGGGUCUAUGGGCCUGAUUGUAUAGUUAUGAUGGAGCCCCCUUUGAGCAAGAGGAACCCGCCAGCGUUGAGAUUAGCGGAUUUGGCAACGGCUCAGGCCCAACAGCUUCAGAAUAUGACAGGCUUCCCGGUGCUGGCCGGCCCGCCCGCCCACUCCCAACGCCGCGCGGUCGCCAUGCACCUCCACCCGCGGGACCUAGGCACUGACCCCGGCGUGGCCAGCACUGCCCUCGGACCCGAGCACAUGGCACAGACCAGCGGGCACGGCCCCAGUCCUCCCACCCAGGCGCUCCCAGAGCUGCCCCAGGCUACCGCACCCGCCGCCCGCUCCCCCGCCUCAGGGACGCACCCGGGAGCCCGCACCCACCACGAUGGCGGGGGCAGCAGUGGCGCGCAGGCCUCGGCGCCCCCGCCUCCAGCCCCUCCUCUUCCUCCCUCCCAGUCCUCCUCUCCCCCUCCCCCGCCUCCUCCUCCUCCUCCUGCCCUCUCGGGCUACACUGCCACCAACAGUGGCGGCGGCGGCAGCAGCGGCAAAGGCCACAGCAGGGACUUCGUCCUCCGGAGGGACCUUUCCGCCACGGCCCCCGCGGCGGCCAUGCACGGGGCCCCGCUCGGAGGGGAGCAGCGGUCCGGCAGCAGCUCCCCCCAGCACCCGACCCCGCCUCCCCACCCGGCCGGGAUGUUCAUCUCGGCCAGCGGCACCUACGCGGGCCGGGACGGCGGCGGCUCCGCGCUCUUUCCCGCGCUGCACGACUCUCCCGGGGCUCCUGGCGGCCACCCACUCAACGGCCAGAUGCGCCUGGGGCUGGCGGCCGCCGCGGCAGCUGCAGCCGAGCUGUACGGCCGUGCAGAACCACCCUUUGCUCCGCGCUCAGGGGAUGCGCACUACGGGGCGGUGGCGGCCGCCGCGGCCGCCGCCCUGCACGGCUACGGAGCCGUGAACUUAAACCUGAACCUGGCUGCGGCAGCUGCAGCGGCGGCGGCCGCGGGGCCCGGGCCCCACCUGCAACACCACGCGCCGCCCCCGGCGCCACCGCCGGCGCCCGCGCCGCACCCGCACCACCCCCACCUCCCGGGGGCGGCCGGGGCCUUCCUGCGCUACAUGCGGCAGCCAAUCAAGCGGGAGCUCAUCUGCAAGUGGCUGGACCCCGAGGAGCUGGCCGGGCCGCCGGCGCCCGCGGACAGCGGCGCCAAACCCUGUUCCAAAACUUUCGGCACCAUGCACGAGCUGGUGAACCACGUCACAGUGGAGCACGUGGGCGGCCCGGAGCAGAGCAGCCACGUCUGCUUUUGGGAGGACUGUCCGCGCGAGGGCAAGCCUUUCAAGGCCAAGUACAAGCUCAUCAACCACAUCCGCGUGCACACCGGCGAGAAGCCCUUCCCCUGCCCGUUCCCGGGCUGCGGCAAAGUCUUCGCGCGCUCCGAGAACCUCAAGAUCCACAAGCGCACUCAUACAGGGGAAAAGCCUUUCAAAUGUGAAUUUGAUGGUUGCGACAGGAAGUUUGCCAAUAGCAGUGAUCGGAAGAAACACUCCCAUGUCCACACCAGCGACAAGCCCUACUACUGUAAGAUUCGAGGCUGUGACAAAUCAUACACCCACCCAAGCUCUCUGAGGAAGCAUAUGAAGAUUCAUUGCAAGUCCCCCCCACCUUCUCCUGGAGCUCUUGGUUACUCAUCGGUGGGGACUCCCGUGGGUGACACUUUGUCCCCUGUGCUGGACCCAACCAGGAGUCGAUCCAGCACUCUGUCCCCUCAGGUGACCAACCUCAAUGAGUGGUAUGUUUGCCAGGCCGGUGGGGCCCCCAGUCAUCUCCACACACCUUCCAGCAAUGGAACCACCUCUGAGUCUGAAGACGAGGAAAUGUAUGGGAACCCUGAAGUCAUGCGGACGAUACAUUAGAAUUGUUAUUAAGUGAGAUAGUAAGUGGGAGUCCUUGGACCAUGUCCUAACCUGAAACAAUGCUGAGCCUGAGACAAACUGGUGAUUCAGACUUGCCACCGGGUCUAAUUAGCCCUAUUUAUUCAGUAUGAAACCCUAUGGUGUUUGUACAUUUAAUUAAUUUAAUUAAGAUAUUUGGUUGUGGGUUUUUUGUUUUUUGGGGGUUUUUGUUUUGUUUUGUUUUGUUUUCUUUCCUCUUUCUCCUAAAAGAAACAAACACAACCACAAAAUAAAACAGGACUAGAGAUGUAGCUCAGUGGUAGAGUACUUGCCUAGCAUGCACGAGGCCCUGGGUUUUCAGUCUCUAGCACUGGGGAGGAAAAGUAAUAGCAAAUUAAAAAGCAACUAAGUUGGACUUGUACAUUGCAGGGAGACAGGCCUGGUGUCAGAUUCUAUCAAGGGAAAUGAGUGGGGGAAUUGAGAUAUAACACUGCCAAUACAAUGUGUGUGUGAGCUUGAGUGUGCUUGUGUGUGCGUACGUGUGUGUGUGUGUGUGUGUGUGUGUGUGUGUGUGUGUGUGUGAGAGAGAAAUAGGGAAAAAAGAAUAUUAAGUCAGAACUUAACACAUCAACCAGGCCCUCUCCAUGUCCCAGAGUUCCUCUCAGACGCCUUUGACACCAUAAUGAGGGCUGCUUUUGAGCCUUCUGGUAGAGACUUAAUUCUGCAAAGGUCUCUUGAUUGUAAAACACACACUUGCUGCACUAACAACAGAUCCUGGACCGUGCCUGUAUCCAAAAGUCUUUGUAUAACAAACAAACAAACAAAACUGUGGUUUCUAAUGUUUAUCACUUUAAUUCCUCUGCUUUUAUUAUCAAUCUCAAUGUAACAUAAUAUUUUUUUAAUACAGGAUUGUUCCUUCAGUAUCUUGUGUGAUUUAAAAAAAAAGCAAAAACAAAAACAAACAAACAAACAAACAAAAAAAAAAAACAAAUCAAGCCAAGUGCAGCCACCUUAAUAUAGCUCCAUAUAUCGUGCUACUGUGAUAGUUCAAGCAGAAAUGGAGAAGAGUUGCUGAGACAGACAGCUGGGGAAACUGUGAUCUUUUGUAAACCAGAAGUAAUUCAAGUGCUUUCUCUUUCCUCUGCUGGGUUGUGCUGUUUUGAUUUUUAAGUCGGGAGUUUCAGAUGUUGCCUCCUGGCUGUACCCAAAUUUUGGGAGUAAUAAGCAGUUAUGUUUUUGACCAUAAGUUCUUUGGGAUGCCAACAUGCACAGUGAUGUCUAAGGAAGUACUAGGAUUGCAUCCUAUCCAUUUUUAAAAGAACUUUUUUUUAAAAACAAGCCAACUCCUCUUUUAUACUACUGUAUCGACCUUUUUCUUUUUUUUCUAAAAAGAAAAAAAAAGGUCUCUAUUUUUAAUGUAUUUUCUUUCACCUGUGCCACAAGGACUGAAUCUUCUUCCCUUUGCAAUGACAGUGUGAAGUGUAUGAUUUAUAUUACAAGAGGAGGAGUUGCUGUACUUGUUAAAAAUUUUAAGAGGUUUAUAGUUAACCACCAAAUGCUGAUGAAUGUGUGACCUUUGCCAGAGCUGUCAAGCCAGGAUACAAAGGGUCAAGGACCCAGGACAAUAACCCUUAGUCAGUUUAUGUUCGGUUGGUACAACACAUCUCCUGUGCAAACUGUAGCCCAUCAGAAACACCAUAUACAUAUGCUAAAGGUACUAAUUUAUCCUCAGAGACCCUGAAGACGCCCCCUCCCCCAUGAUUUGUAGAAAUUUGUUUUGUGUGCUGUGAGUGGUUCAUGUAGUCUUGUCAUUGUUAAUAACUUGUCUGUGAAUACUUUUAUUUGUACAGUUUUUAAUUAAUUUAUUUUUAGAGAUCCUUUUCUUCUGGAAGAGUUCAAAGCACACCAAAGAAAUAUAUUAUACAUUUUGGCAAAAGAUUGUCAUUUAUGACCCAUGGUUUAUUUAAGAAAAAAAAGAAAAGGAAAAGAAGUGGGAAAAUAUAAAAUAUAUUUUUAAGCUUACUUGAAUGGACAAGGUAAUGUGAAAACUCGAGACUCUUCCUGCACGUCUUUUUGCCUCGUGUUGAUGAGAUUAUGUAUAGUUUAUAGAUAUAUUAGUACAGUGCAUGGUGCUGUUACGUGGACACCUUUUAAUGUUGUCUUCAGAUUGUUACAGUAAAUAUGAAACAUGCAGACCCUCCUUUACAAAGAGAGAGACCUACAACUUGAAUAUAAAAUAAUCCUACAUUUUAAAGGUUUAUUUGAUUUUUUUUUCCUGUUAUUCACUUUCAAAUAGAAAAGAUAAGGUAUGAAUUUGGGUGGGAUAACUUAUGUACUGUAAGCUUGUUAGGACGAAGUAUUCCUGAUGUAUAACAAGUUGUUUUAUUUAUACAACUUUUUCAAUGGUAGUUUGCACUAUUCUUUAUCAUGCUACAGGUUUAUUUAUUAUGAAACAAAGGAAUAUGUAUUUUAUGUAUUUUGCCAUAAAUAGGUUAACUGCCACAAAUUUAUUGGUUCCUGAUACACUGAAAAUAAAACCUUACAAUGUGUACCUCCCUUAGAGAGAAAGCAA